AGAACAGGCAAGUGAAUCACAGGCAGUAGAAUAUGGCUGGACAAAUAUCAGAAUCUGAUCAGAUCAAGCAGUUCAAGGAGUUUCUUGGAACAUACAAUAAACUUACAGAAAACUGCUUCUUCGAUUGCAUAAAGGAUUUCACUAGCAGAGAGGUUAAACCAGAAGAGAUGACUUGCACAGACCACUGCCUACAGAAGUAUUUAAAAAUGACACAGAGGAUCUCCAUGAGAUUCCAGGAGUACCACAUUCAGCAGAAUGAAGCUCUGGCAGCUAAAGCAGGACUGCUUGGCCAACCUCGUUAGCCGAGCGCACUCCCUCCGUUCAGACUUCACAAGCAGUGCCAGUGUUCACUGGGCAAGAACACAUUUUGGAUUUCCUACUGUCAGGAUGUAUGUCCAGCAAUUC